CUAAAACUUAACAAUUAAUAUGUAUUUGUGUUAUUGUUUCGAUAGGAAGUGGGAUCUAUUAUCGGGAAAAAAGGAGAUAAUAUCAAGAAGUUUCGCGAAGAGAGUGGCGCCAAAAUCAACAUUUCCGACGGCUCGUGUCCCGAGCGUAUUGUCACAGUUACCGGUUCUACGGAGGCUAUACUUAAGGCCUUCUCACUCAUCGCCAGAAAAUUUGAAGAAGAUGUCCAGUGCACGGGUGGUCCCGGAGCCCCCAUCGGUAACAAACCUCACGUCACCCUAAGGCUGAUAGUGCCGGCGAGUCAGUGCGGGUCACUCAUCGGCAAAGGCGGCGCCAAAAUUAAAGAAAUCCGAGAAAUAACUGGGGCCACAAUCCAAGUGGCGUCCGAAAUGUUGCCCAACUCUACGGAGAGGGCGGUCACAGUAUCGGGCAGUUCCGACUCAAUAACAAAAUGCAUUUAUCAGAUAUGCUGUGUUAUGAUGGAG